CUUGGAGGAUGAUAUAGUAGUGGUCUCUGUAGCUGAUUUACAUAUCUUGAAAGCCAGAAUAAAUCACUGGUUUCUACAGUUUUGUAGCUUCUAGAGACUUCGGUCAGUGGAAUAAAUACUUUUUUUUCCCCCUGUAGAGGCAAAACUGCUGCCUAAUGAAAUAAUUUUCUGAGAUUGCCUUUAAGUUGGCAGUACCUCCUAUCAGUUACGCUGUUGUGACUUAUUUUUGAAAACAUAGCCAAGGAAAAGGAAACAGCUUACAAGGUACCUUUUUCUUGCCCUGUUUAUGACCAAAGAGAAUUUGAAAGUGCAAUUCGAAAAAAUUGGCUUUUUCAUCCAACAUGAUGACCUGUGGCCCAGCUUUGUCAUUUGCUCGGUGUCUGUUGAGGAGAAAAAUCGUCACUGGGGACAGCCUUGAAGAUUCCAAGCUAUGCCGCUGUUUAUCAACUGUGGAUCUUAUCGCUUUAGGAGUAGGAAGCACCCUUGGUGCUGGCGUUUAUGUUCUUGCUGGAGAAGUUGCAAAAGCAGAUUCUGGACCUAGUAUUGUCCUUUCUUUCCUCAUAGCAGCCCUAGCUUCCGUGAUGGCUGGACUCUGUUAUGCAGAAUUUGGUGCUCGUGUUCCAAAGACUGGUUCCGCGUAUCUAUACACAUAUGUAACGGUUGGCGAAAUCUGGGCUUUUAUCACUGGCUGGAAUCUCAUUUUGUCCUACGUUAUAGGUACUUCAAGUGUCGCAAGAGCAUGGAGUGGAACCUUUGAUGAACUUCUUGGAAAACAAAUUGGUUAUUUUUUCAGAACCUACUUUAGAAUGAAUUAUUCUGGUCUAGCAGAAUAUCCUGAUUUUUUUGCAGUGUGUCUAAUAUUGCUCCUAGCAGGACUUUUAUCAUUUGGAGUAAAAGAAUCUGCAUGGGUGAAUAAAGUCUUCACUGCUAUUAACAUCUUGGUCCUGCUCUUCGUUAUGAUUUCUGGUUUUGUGAAAGGCAACAUUAAUAACUGGAAGAAAACUGAAGAAUUUCUGAUAAACUAUACUGCAGAAAUUAAGAAUCUGUCAUCCUCUGAGAAUGUGACAAGUAUAUUUGGAGUUGGUGGCUUUAUGCCAUAUGGCUUUACUGGAACGCUAGCUGGUGCUGCGACCUGCUUUUAUGCUUUCAUAGGAUUUGAUUGCAUUGCAACUACCGGGGAAGAAGUUAGGAAUCCCCAGAGGGCCAUACCUAUUGGAAUUGUAGCAUCUCUACUUGUCUGUUUUCUGGCCUACUUUGGAGUUUCAGCUGCUUUAACACUUAUGAUGCCAUACUACUUAAUUGAUGAGAAAAGUCCUCUCCCUGUAGCAUUUGAGUAUGUUGGAUGGGGUCCAGCAAAAUACCUUGUAGCAGUGGGAUCUCUGUGUGCUUUAUCAACAAGUCUCCUUGGAUCCAUUUUUCCCAUGCCUCGUGUAAUCUAUGCUAUGGCAGCGGAUGGCUUGCUUUUCACAUGUCUAGCUCAAAUCAACCCCAAAACGAAGACUCCGCUUGUUGCGACUUUAUCAUCAGGGGCUGUUGCAGCUCUAAUGGCUUUUCUCUUUGACCUAAAAGCCUUAGUAGACAUGAUGUCUAUUGGUACACUUCUUGCAUACUCACUGGUAGCUGCUUGUGUUCUCAUUCUUAGGUACCAACCCAGUUUAAACUAUGAGCAACCAAAAUAUUCAGCAGAAAAAGAGGCUCUUGCAGGAUCAGAAAGUGAACAUAAAAGUGAAUCUCAAAUUAGCAUGAUACCAAGACAGAGUUUUAGUCUACAAAUGCUGAUUAAUCCAUCAAGUUUACCAACCGAACAGUCUGCUACUGUGGUUAGCCUUCUUGUGGGUCUUUUGGCUUUCCUGAUUUGUGGAUUAAGCAUUCUGACAACCCAUGGGAUUCAUUCACUUGCAAAUAUGGAACUUUGGAGUAUUUGUCUUCUUGUGUCUCUUUUCAUACUAUUUGUGAUGAUUAUGUUUAUUAUCUGGAGACAGCCUCAGAAUCAACAGAAAGUGACAUUUAUGGUGCCAUUCUUGCCAUUCUUGCCAUCUUUGAGUAUCUUAGUGAACAUAUACUUGAUGGUACAGCUAAGUGGAGAGACAUGGAUCCGGUUCAGCAUCUGGAUGGCACUUGGACUCCUCAUUUACUUUGCAUAUGGCAUCCAACAUAGUAUGGAAGGCUGUCCCAAGGAGGAGGAGGAAGAUGAUGACAGCUGCUCAGAAAGAAGUGAAACUUCAGAAAAGAAGCAUAUGGGAGAUACAAGUGAAUAUGAACAUGCAAGUGAAAAUGCUCAGUUUAUUCUACAUGAAAAGACAAGUGAAUGUUAGGGAUCAUUGACCAAUCUAUUGUGUGUGCUUUCAAGCAGUGAUGGCAGCAGAAUGGAGUUGCUGGAGAAAUGGUGAAAUACUUGCUCCCCAAAAAUCAGCAGUAACCCACUUUUGCUUUAUGGAAAUAUCUGCUAGAAUACAUGAAAGAUGAUCUAAAUUAGCUACUAGAUGUCUCUUCCAACAGAGACGUGCCUCAAAUGGUUGUGAUCUUUAAAAAAAUGAGCAAGAAAGUGGAGGGAAAUAAAAUUUUCAAGGGGGCCAAUCUGAUUCAUCUGUCAUGUUCAAUAAGUUGGUGAUUUCCUUAACAACAUCCUCCAACUUUAAUUGGCAGGUACUAUAUAACUAAUUCUUUAGGAGUAUCUAAAGAAGAAGAGUUGAAUAUUAUGGUUUAUAAUACUGGAGUCAUGUUCUUAUUGUGUUUUUAAAAUAGGGUAACAUUGCUAAAUAAUCACACGACUACUUGAUUUCCAUCACUCUCUCUACCUUUCCACACCUUGUUUCUAACCCAGCCACCUCUUUUGUGGUAUCUUCUUCUGUGUUAUUGCUCCAUCUUGUCCAUAUCCUAUGAGUGAGAGCGGCUGAGGUUAUCCUUAGCUGUAAAUUAUAUCAGGGGCAGCCUCAAGCUGUAUAAACUCAGUUAUACUUUGUCAUACAUUACCUUCAAGGGGAGUGAGGUGAUGGUCAGUGACUGGGAACAGAGCAACCAUGACAGGAUAAGGGUUGGCAAGAAAGAUAGCAAAUGUAAUUCAAUACAGUUUUGUGCUGAUUUAAGGAUGAGUGGAGAUGACUUCAACUCAGCAGCAAGGAAAGUCCCAGAUUCAUAGAAAUUCCUGGAAGAAAAAUACAACUAUCCAAGCUAACUUCUGCUUUGCCGUUAUAAGGUAGUCCCCAGUUUAAGAAUGAGUUCCGUUCCCAAGGUCUAUUGCUAAGUCAGAUUUGGAUGUAAGCUGGAACAGUAUUAUUGUUUAAUACUGUAUAAGUAGUACUGUGUAAUGAACUCAAACCAUUAUGUAUUUAACCCAAGUCAUUGUAUAUUUGACUUGAAAUUUGCUACAGUAGGCUCUCUUCUUAACUAUGGGUUGUCUUUCAACUGGGCAUUCUUAAACCAGGGACUACCUGUGUCUGUAAGCAAUAUAAAUUAUGAACAUCCUUUUGUUAAAAAAAAAAAUUAGGAACAGUAUUUGGAAUGGAUAUAUUUCAUAGAAAAGCUAGUUUGAAAUUCCGUUUAGAUCAGUUCUAUUCCAAGUUCUCCAUCCUUGCCAGGAAAAUGAAAAAUGUGGAUGAAUGAUUAAUUCAAACAAAUGAUGAAGCACUAGCAAAAUGGCAAGUCUGUGGAAUUCAGGUUGGUGAAAUGCUGAUAUGUCUGUUGACUUGCUUAAUAUAUGAAUAUUCUGGGCUCGUUGAUACUGCCAGAGUUUGGGCUGCAGAACUGUGCACCCCUAUAUUACUUGGUAGAUUAUUCAGUCAAAUAUAGAAUAUAAAACUUGUAUUCCAAAACUGGCUGAUUUUGGGAUGUUGUGAGUAGAGUGAGCAUUGAACCUACAUGCUCUACUGUCCUGCUCCAGUUACAAAGAACUUGGAACAUUGCAUUUAGGUCAUUAAUGGCUGUUUGCACAUUUCAUCAGAUCCUUAGCAAACUGUAAUUCAUGUUAACUCAUUUAAAAUGUCAGCUUCAAACCAUAGUUUAUAAAAUUAAUUUAAAUAAUCCACAGUUAAUAGGAAUAAAAGUGAAAGGUGAAACAUGAUGUUAGAUUGGAAACGAAAGAUUGUUCUCUCCAGUCACUUCAGGAGAGGGGAGCAGGCAAUGCAACUUUUGGACCUAUUACAGCUUGUCCUCAUCACAAUAAACUAUGGUUUCUCUAUGACACCCAAACACAGCCAUUAGAUUCUUCUUCCUAUCUAGGAAAUAGUACUCUUCAGAAUAUUCUUUUGUCAUCAUGAUAUAAUAUUUAUUAAAUAACUCAUGAAUAAAUUU